GGGCCUCAAGCACAAUCCCUUAUGAAUUUCUGAUUCGUGAUCUGCAUAUUUGAUUUGGCUAAUGUUUUACACCGGAUGUCCUUCAUAACAAAACCCUCCACAUUCAUCCGGGCUUAAGACUGACACUGAGAGUCACCUGGCUUGUGCAACACUAAUGACUGGUUGCUCUUCUUGGCAAUACAGUUCGGGUAUAUUUACUCCAUCACAAAUGGUAAUAUACAUUAAAUAGUCUUACCUUUAUUGAUGAAUGAAAUCCAUACAUCUGUUCCUCAGACAAAUACAUCUACUGCAACAAAUGGGGUUGCAUUAAUAUUAUUUAUUAUUAAUUAUAUUACUGACUGCUUCAUCCAAACACAGUGGCACAAAAUAUAAUGUCAGGUGUUUUUUGUAACAAGUUCAGAUCAUUCUGAGAUGUUCUUAAUAACUUGAUCUUGGGUUGAUUGAUUUUUUUUUGAGGAAUAAAUUCUAUGCUGCUUCCCUCAUUCACUUGGUCUUUGAGCAUGCAUUUAUUGAUGUAAGUGUUUUUCAUUAUUUCUAACAGUGUAUUGGUUUUAUGAUGCUUGGAGUCUUGAACUGUAUCUCCAGUGUCGCAGUAGGCUGCAACAGAUGCACCACUGCUCAGAUUGUGGGAAGAUUUUUACUAAAAUUGCUUCUCUGAAAAUACACAAGCGUAUCCACACAGGAGAGAAGCCAUAUCACUGUGAACAGUGUGGGAAGAGUUUUAAUCGUCAGAGUAAUCUUAAUUUACACCAGCGUAUCCACACAGGAGAGAAGCCAUAUCACUGUGAACUGUGUGGGAAGAGAUUUACGCAUCAGAGUCAUCUCAAGUUACACCAACGUAUCCACACAGGAGAGAAGCCGUAUUAUUGUGAACAGUGUGGGAAGAGUUUUACUCAUCAGAGUCAUCUCAAAAUACAUCAGCGUAUCCACACAGGAGAGAAGCCGUAUCACUGUGAACAGUGUGGAAAGAGUUUUACUCAUCAGGGUCAACUCAAAGAACACCAGCGUAUCCACACAGGAGAGAAGCCGUAUCACUGUAUAGAGUGUGGGAAGAGUUUUACUCAUCGGGGUAAUCUCAAAGUACACCAGCGUAUCCACACAGGCGAAAAACCAUACCAGUGUGGACAAUGUGGGAAGGGGUUUAUUCAACAGAGUACUUUCCAAGUACACCAGCGUACCCACACAGGAGAGAAGCCAUAUUACUGUGAACAGUGUGGGAGAGGGUUUAUUCAACAGAGUACUUUCCAAGUACACCAGCGUACCCACACAGAAGAGAAGCUGUAUCACUGUGAACAGUGUGGGAAGAGUUUUACUCCUCAGGGUAAUCUCAAAGAACACCAGUGUAUCCACACAGUGGAGGGACCAUAAUCACUGUGGACAAAGUUUUUUGUCAAAAGACACAUCUUCAGCAGUGUGGGAAAAGUUUCAGUGCUUAGAGGGCCUUCCUCUUUCACAAACAGAGUCAAACAGGACAGAAGCUGUACCUCUGUGGACAGUAUGGACAGAGCUAUGCUUAUUAAAGCUCAUCAAGGGAACAUUAAGGUGUUCUAAAAUACAGCCAUCAACUCCUGAUGUUAAUUUGUCAAAGAAUAUUGUUUUUAAAUUCUUUGUCACAGGCAUGUAAAAGAAAUGUAUGUAUAUAUAUUUGGGAACUUUAAAUUUUAACGUUUAUGAUUAUAACUAACAAACUGGACACCUUUCCAAGCCAUCAGAACAUUGUGUUAACAUAGAAUUUGCAGAGAUAAUUCUGGUCCAGCUACACAACAUACACUAUAUGGCUUCACAACUACACUAUAUGGCAAAAAUUAUGAGGAUACCUGAGCACCACACCCAUAUGUGCUUUCUUAACAUUAUCUGAUGGAAUUUAUUCAUUAUCCUUUGUGUUUCCCCAUAUAUAUGAAUAAAGGUGACCUGUGGUAUAUUUUGUAAGUUUAUUAGCCACUAUGAUCACCACUGUCAUCAACAGAACAUGAAUAAUUCUUGUAUAUUCAGGGCUAAUUUCCACCACAAUUAUUCUAGUAUAACAGGUGAAACAUUUCAGAUCUUCCAGAGUAAAUCCGACAGCUGGUCUUGCAGCAUUGCCGUGCUCUUUCUAAUAGGAUUUAAAUAUGGAGACAGAUAGCAGAAUAAAGAAUACAUUUUCUCUAGCAGUGUGAUAGAUGAUUCUGGGUUCAGCAGACUCAGGGAGAACUUCACCUGCCUGACUGCAUUGUGUCAACUGUAAAGUCUGGUUAAGGAGCGGUAGUGGUAUGGGGCUGUUCUUUAGGGGUUGGACUCAGCCCCUGACUGAGGAAGGAGUAUCAGUGUCAUUAAAAAAAAGUGUUUCAUGAUUACUUCAUGAACAGUUCACUAUUUUUUCUUGCUAUUGUUUAAGAAGAAUGGGAGAAGAAUGUUGCCCCACAUGUACUUCUGUGUUUCCUUUGUUGUAUUUUUACUGGACUGCAGGCAGACCAGUUCAGCGCCCGGAUUCUUCUACCAAAGAGUCAUUUUAUUGUAAUAGAUGCAGUAUGCAGUUAGCAUCGUAUUAUUUAAAUAUAAAAGCCCUUUCCUGAUAAUGAAGUUUUCUGGAUUUUGAUUCUUCUGGCCAUAGAACAGGAUUCUACUUUGCCUCAGUACAUUUUAAAAAGAGCUAUGGCUCAGAGAGGAUGGUGGUGUUUCUGGAUCAUUCUGGAUUCAUUCCGCAGUUUGCAGACAGUCUUUCACAGAUUGUUGAAGCUCUGCCCAUCUUUACAUCUGAGAGACUCUGCCUCUCUAAGAUGCACUAUUUAUACCCAAUUAUCUUACUGACCUGCUGCCAAUUAACCUGAUCAGUUACUUAAAGUUUCUGUUUCAUUUUAACAACACACUUUGAUAUACACUCUAGGUGUAUAGCUUUUAAUGAUAAUCCGUACAUCUUCCCACGAUAUCCAAUGACUUAAUAAUUUGACCAGAGGUGGGAAGUAACGAAGUACAAAUACUUUGUUACUGUACUUAAGUAGAUUUCUUUUGGUAUCAGUA